AUGGCGUCAUUUCUGUCAGGUGAAUGUCAUGUGUCAGAAUCAGGUGGGUGUUUUUCUGUUGCUGAUGUGAAUCUAAAAAAAUCUUCGGAAAUGGCCAAUCAAAAGGUGAUACCUUUGGAUAAAUUAGAAGGCUACAUAGAUGAAUAUUUUGGUUUAUCGGAUGGCGAAAAUUCGGAAGACGGAUGUGAGAGUGACGAGAACGAAAAUGAAGCAGUUUUUGUGGAGCCAACUCAGCAAGAGCUAAUAGAUGUUCUCGAAGGCAACCCUGCAAACUGUGCAGCUAAUGUACCUGAUCUGGACCACGUCAUUAAUCAGAAUUUGCCUAGCCCUAUGGGCCCUAUUGCGCCUGAAGAAGAAAGUGAAUUGGAUUCAGAUCCAGAGUGCAAUAUAUCACUACAUGCCCUGCGAAACAGACGGCGAGGUUUCCACGAUGAUAUGUCAGACACAGAAGAUGAAAAUGAUGAGAAUUGGAAAAAAGUAUUUUAUCCUCAUACUCCUCCAAUAGAAAGUUUUGAUGGCAGACCACUCAGACCAUCACAAGUUUACCCAAUUAGGUCAAGUCCUUUAGCAUAUUUUAGCUCCUUUUUUUCACAAGAGGUAAUAAAUCAUAUUCUUGAGCAAACAAAUUUGUAUGCAUCUCAAAACAGGCAAAAAGACUGGGAGGAUGUUACCAUAGCUGAUAUGAAAGCUUUUUUGGGAAUGUUAGUUCUAAUGGGGGUUCAUCCACUUCCCAAUGUUGAUUUAUAUUGGUCUUCAGACCCCUUAUUUAGAGUGGAUGAAAUUGCAAACAUCAUGACAUGCAAAAGAUUUAAAAAAAUAUUGAAAAACCUUCAUCUUAAUAAUAACACAAACAUGCCUAAACGAGGAGAAGCAGGCUUUGAUAAGCUCUACAAAAUAAAACCCAUGAUAAGCCUCAUGAAUACAGCAUUUAAAAAUAGUGCCAAUAAUACAGCAUCACAAAGUAUUGAUGAAUGUAUGAUUAAGUUUAAGGGGCGUAGCACACUCAAACAGUACAUGCCAAAAAAACCAGUGAAGAGAGGGUUCAAAGUAUGGGCUCGUUGCGAUAGUCAGACCGGAUAUUUAUUUGAGUUUGAGAUAUAUACAGGCAAGAAAGAAAAUGAAUCUGAAACUGGAUUAGGUGCAGCAGUGGUGAAAAAUCUUUGUAAAGAAUUGAUUGAUGAAAACUUAGAAAAUGUGCAUGUUGCUUUUGAUAAUUUUUUUGCAUCAACUGAACUCCUACAAGAUUUAUAUCAACAAAAAAUAUAUGCAACAGCAACAGUGCGACCGAAUAGAACAAAUUUACCGCAGAGAAUAAAACCACAAAAAGCCAAAAAAGGGCAGCCUAGGAAACCUAUCCUGAAACUUAAGAAAGGACAGUUCAAGUGGAGAGUAAAUGGUAAUGUUGGAGCGUUUGUGUGGAUGGACACUAAGCCAGUCUAUGUAUUGAGCACAGCAUUUUUCCCCAAAGACAAAGCUACUUGCAAUAGGACUCAAAAGGAUGGCAGUAAAGAAGCAGUGGUAUGCCCAAUGGGCAUUUUGGAAUACACAAAGCGAAUGGGCGGCGUAGAUAGAUUUGAUCAGAAACGGGGAACCUAUCCUGUUGCAAGACGAAGCCGUAGAUGGUGGAUGCGCAUUUUCUACUUUUUCAUAGAUGCUGCUAUUACCAACGCAUACAUUCUCUAUACGCAGAAUUCAAGAGUUCGUUAUCCUGUUACUAAUUUACAGUUCCGAACUAUGCUAGGGAGAAACUUGGUAGACAAUUACACAAGCAGGAAGAGGACGAUCAACAGCCUACCUACUUUUGUCACAAAAAGACCAACCCCUGACAGCAGGCAAAAGACUGUUUAUGGUGUACCUGAAACUUUGAGGCUAGCAGAUGUUGGUACCCAUCUCCCUGGUGAACUGCCAAAGUAUAGAAGAUGCCGCUACUGCAGCAGCAAAGGCAACAGCAAAAAAUCUAAAAUAGAGUGUGUCAGAUGCAGAGUUGCUCUGUGUGCAGUACCAUGUUUUGCUGAUUUUCAUCAAACCUAG